AUGGCAGAUCCAAUAAUCUCGGAGGUGGAUGUACCUGUAACUACAGGCAAACCCGAUUCAACGGAGCAAAAUGACAUCAAUAUCAAGACAGAACAGACGAUGGAAGCUUUGGAAGAUAGGAUCGAUAAGGCGUAUGGUUUAGUUGAACAUAGAUUCCAAGAGCUUUGGAAGGAGACUAGUGACAAUGUUCAUUUGUUGAAUGAUAAAUACCACUUGGAUGAGUACAAGGACAACCUACGUAACCAAUUGAGCACGAUGAAGGAAAGUUUGCGUGAUAGCAAGAAUGUGAAAUCCGUCACCGAUAGUUUGAAGUCGUUUGAGAAACAAGUGGAAAAUUUGAAAUUGGAAGAUCGUCUACGAAUAAAGGAUUUUUCCAAAACCGCGAGUAACGCCUUGGAUGUCAUUGAUUCGAAAUUGGAACUAGUUGAGAAUGAAGCUAGCAAAUACAUUUCGUCAUUUACUUCAUUUUUUUCAAACAUCAUUUCCAUUUCAGACCCAGACGUUGGCAAGGAGGCUCUGCAAAGCACAGAAACCUUGUUCAAUUCUAAUUUGAACCAGCAUGUAAACUAUGGUACAUCUCGCUACGACACAGAUUUGUUGAAACUUCAUACGCAGCAUCUGUUUUACACGAGUGAUGCAUGCGACGUUGCAGAAGAUUUGAAAAAUUUCAAUGCAGAUUCCAAAACUGGCAAAAUCGAAUCCUUGUUGAAGCAGUAUCCUGAUACCUUAACUUCAACCAUGAACGAAUUGGUGCCCGUGAAAGUCAGCUAUAACACUUUUUGGUAUAGAUAUUUUGCCAAUGAUGAUAAAUUGAAAAGCAUGGAAAAGCAGCGUAGGGAGCUUUUGUCUAGGGAGAAACAAGAGAGUGAAAUUUCAGGAUCAACAGGUAAAGGUGGUGGCGAUGACGAUGAAGAUUUCAAAUGGGAUGAUGAAGAAGAAGAGGAAGAACUUGAGGAGGAUGGUGAGGAUGAAACUCAUACUACACCAACACAAGAGGAGGAAGAAGUGCUGAAGAGUAAAGAGCACACUCAAUCUGCUGAAACUGAAGAUGAUGAUGGAGAAGAUGAAGAUGACGAUUGGGAGUAA